GGAAUCUGUGGACAUCUUGAUUUUGGGCUUCCCAGCCUCUAAGGUCGGGAGAAAUACAUGUUUCUUGUUUAACGCCGGACAGGCUAAGACAAAGGACGUGUGGGAAGUGGCUGGAGUUGAAACACAUAAGUAUCUGUUUGGUAGAAAAGGCCAGCCUCCCAGCGACCCAACAGCUGUUCUGUUGACAUAACCCUGUUGAUCAAAGCGAUCCCCUAGCUGCCCCAGGCCAGUUCCGGUGGCUCUUGGUGGAAUUCACUCUGCAGAUCCGGUCUUUGGGUGGGGAGCCUCAUCCUGGAAGAGGCCGCCGAGAAGUGCUCCUCCAUCCAGGCCCUGUGGAAAGCAGCAAUGACCCCCUCAGAAGACCCCAGCGACCCAAAGGCCAGCCCCAAGGUCACGGGCCUGGAGACAGACGUGGAGACCAGUUCAGGUGGGAAGCCGGGCUGCCAUCAGAAGGCCAUCCCCCCCGCUCACCUGACUUUUGUCAUCGACUGUGCUCGUGGCAGACAGAUCUCCCUGAUAGCACCCCCAGUGCUGCCCCGAGCCCCUGGUCCUAAUCUAGGAACCGUCACCCCUCCAAUGAAGACUUAUAUCUUGUUCUGUGGAGAAAACCAGCCCCACCUGACUCAGGAGGCCCCCUUGGGUAGGGGACGCCUUGCCCAGGCCAGGGGGGCCGUGCCACCCUGCAGAGGGACUGGGGCCCCAGAUUCCUCCCCAGUCAGUCCACUGGUCCCGCAGGAGGCUCCUGAAGCCAAGGGAAACCCCUUGAAGUCUGUGCCCUCGAGGUCUUCAGCUUGGGGAACUGUCAUAGGCUCGCUCAAAGCCCUCUCCUCCUGUGUCUGUGGGCAGGCAGAUUAAUUGGAAGAGCCUGGCCAUGAAGGAGGGGGUUGGCACACCAGGCUCGAGCUCGGGGACUGCAAUUCCCAGAACCCAACCCCCCUUCCCCAGCCAAGCAGAAGUCAUUUGUGCCUGAGCCAAGGAAGGGCAUUGGAUCGACAAAGGACAUCUGAAACAGCCACCAAGGACACACUCAAGGGUAUCCGCCUUCCUCCUUCCUAGCUUUGCGAGCCUUUCAGCAGAAGCAAGAUCAGGCACCUGCACAUGGAAAGAGACCAGACCAUUCAUACAGCAAAUUCUAACAGCGGCUUCCACGUCAGGCUCUUCAAAGUACUGAGGAAGAUGCCACAGCUUUCUUGGAGCUCCUCCUCCGGGUGGGGGAGAGGGAAAGGGCUAAAUAUGUAACCAAAUAAAGAUGAUUUUGAAUAGUGAUGAA